AUGUCCUCCUCUGCUGAAGUCGAGGAUGAUAUUUCCAGCAUGUUCAAAGAUCGCGAAAAUCCUUCCGGUAACAACGAUCAAAACCCACCAAGUCCUUCUAGAGAUACAGUCCACCAUGAAAACAAUCACACUAAUAUUUUUGAUGAGAACGAGAACCAGUCUGAUCAUGAAGAGCCAGAUCAACGUAUGGCAGACUUGGAUGAUCCAAUGGAUACACUGAUUGAGGAGCUCCAAAAUUCUUAUCAUCUCAAUGAGAAGUAUUCUUCGAUUUCUAUCAAGUCUCUCAAAUGCCCUGAAGAAGAACGAUAUGCAAGAACUCUAUUUGCACUCACCUCGAUCUGUCAGAGUCUUGAGGCUGGCCCAAGCAAGGGAAGCUCAAAUCAUCAAUGUCCGGAUUACUUCAAAGAUUUUGUUCGUGAAACAGCAAAAUCGUUCAUUGGCAGGACGGAUGUCAAGGCCUACACUGCCACCUUGGACAAACAUUCUGACCCGCUGACCCUGGCACUUCUAAAAUUGACCACAGACGUGGCCAACAAGCAAACCCAAGAAUUCAAGGACAAGUAUUACCCAGAAGGCCACGAUGGCACCAACCUCGAAGCAAAGUCGGAGUAUGGUAAAGUCAUGGUUGCUCUGCUUCUUACCCAGAUCUUAACGAAUAAGAAGGUCAAACCAACUGGCCCUGUUCCCCCAAUUGAUGAGUUGAUCCAGAGUAUUGUUAAGGAUCUCCUCCCAAAACAGGAGCGAACCAAUUAUUCACCCAUUGCAAUCACCUGGAGGAUGCGCAUUUGA